AUGACACCCACCACCUCACAUCCCGAUCUCAAUCCUCUCAAAACCUCCCAAUCUCAAUCGUCACGGCAGCCUACCAUCCAUCACGCACUUGUCCCACCAUCUGACGUCUCAGAACUGAUUCUCACACACCCAGCCGACCAAGAACUCCAACACAUUUACAAUCUAACUCACAGUUCAUGGGGCGAUGCUCUGAAACUACCUGAAUACCUUGAAGAAUCAACUCAUCUCGCCAACGCACCUCUCGCCAAAAAUGGGGGUCUGGACGUCUGGAUUCUCACUUCAGCAGAGUCGCAUCCAAAUGAACGACCGAUCCUAAGCGCCUGCGAGACGUUUCUCAAGCGCGCUUUUGUAACUACAUCUGCGCACAAUGGAGUAAAUACAGUCGAAGAAAAGAUUGUUUAUGGUAUCGCUAGCGUCUUUACAAAUCCAGUGUAUCGUGGUAACAGAUACGCUGCCCGUAUGCUCAUCAAACUUUCCGAUGUCUUGAAGAAGAAAGAGGAUUGUGUGGGUAGUAUGUUGUAUUCGGAUAUUGGACCGGAUUAUUAUGCUAAACUAGGCUGGACUCCAACUGAGCGGAAUUCUCAGGUUGAGUUUCAUCCCAAAGCGUAUGAUAAUCUACCAAACGUUGAAAUACUUACUGCAAAUGGAUUGGAAGAGUUGUGUAGACUUGAUGAACGGAUGUUAUACACAAUUCUGGAAAAAGAAAAAGAAGUUAAGAGGAAAAUGGUUGUAGUCCCAGAUUUGCCGCAUAUGCAGUGGCAUCAUGCUAAGGAGGGAUUUGUUUGCCAGAAGCUAUUUGGAAAGAUACCAGAGUUAAAAGGCGCAUCAAUUGGAGCUCCAGGUCAAAAAGUGUGGAUCAUCUGGACACAUAGGUACUACUCAGAUCCAACGAAGUUGCCGAAUGACAACACUCUCUACAUCCUGAGACUGGCUCUGGAGGAUCUCAAUUCCGAAAGUAACGGGCCACACCUAAAAGUACUUAUGGAGACGGCUCAAAACGAAGCAAAAGCUUGGAAUCUAGGAAAGGUAGUGAUGUGGAAUCCUAAGCCGGAGAUUUUGAAGUUGAUUGAGAAAUCCGAAGUAAAAUGCAAGGUCGUGGAGAAGAGAGGAGAUGCUAUAGCAAGCUUGAAAUGGCACGAGCAGGAGAAGAUAGAGUGGGUUGAGAAUGAAAUGUAUGCUUGGUGUUAA